GGUAAUUAGGCAGUGCAUGCCAAGAAUAGGCUUGGCUUAUUGGUCCUCAGCCGCAUGAGUCCAAGGCUGGUAAUACUGCGAUUGCGCCAUCGUUUCAGCAAAACUUCAAACCUCUCUCUCUGAUAGAACCGCGAAUUUCAAACGACCUAACAGGAAACAGUGCUCGCAGGACUCCGAGUGUCUGCCACCCCUGGCAGCAAGGCGAAAUGGGCCACUCGUCAUGGCGAGACUUUUUGCCACGCAAUGUCGCGCAUCGUGCCUGGGAGGUGCUCCGCGUCAAUUGGCACCUGGGCUUCACCUCGUUUGGAGGUCCGCCAGUGCACUUCAAAAUAUUGAACGAUAAGUUUGUGAAGAAAAUGGGAUGGAUCGACGAGCAGAUGUUCCAGGAGCUGUUCAGCAUCUCCCAGGCACUUUCGGGCCCGGCUAGUACCAAGAUGUUGUACUGCAUAAACCUUAUCCACGGCGGUACAUUUGCGGCGUUGCUGAGCCUUUUGAUCUGGAGCCUUCCGGGUGCCAUCGCCAUGUACGGGCUCUCCAUCGGGGUAUCUAACAUCGGCGAAACCCUUCCCCGGCCCGCCUACGCCCUCCUGUCCGGCCUUAACGCCGCAACAGUGGGCGUCAUUGCCCUGGCAGCUGUGGAGCUGUCCCAAAAGGCCAUCACCGAUAGGCUGACCCGCAUUCUGGUCUUCUUCAGCGCUUCGGCGGGCAUGCUCUACAACGCGCUGUGGUAUUUCCCGCUGCUGAUGGUCAUCACGGGGUGUGCGACGACGAUAUUCGACUACCGCUGGAUCCACCGGCCCGUCACCUUUCUACUCAGGAGACGUAGGCUACCCAGGACAGGACACGCCCACGAGGCCGGCAACACGACAGAAGAGCAGCUAACAGACGUCCCCGCCCGGGGCCCCCACGAUGACGACACCCCCGCAACCAGCAGCACCCGGAACACAACGGGCUCGACACACGCCUCGGAGCCGACCCUCCCCUUCGCCUCUCCAGCAACCCGCUCGACAGCCGAAGACGAGCCGCGCAUAGUGCCCCGCGACCUCCGCCUCUCCAUCACCUGGAAAGCCGGCACGGGCAUCAUCGGCGCCUUCCUCGCCAUCUUCGUGACCAUCAUGGUCCUCCGCAGCACGCUCCACGACCCCCCCUUGCCGUUCCGCCUCUUCGCCAACAUGUGCCUGGCCGGCACGAUAAUCUUCGGCGGCGGCCCCGUGGUGAUCCCCCUGCUGCGCGAGUACGUCGUCGCCGAGGGGUGGGUCAGCCCGCGCGACUUCCUCAUCGGCCUCGCCGUCGUGCAGGCCCUCCCCGGGCCAAACUUCAACUUCGCCGUGUUCCUCGGCGGCCUGGCCGCGACGGCGGGGUCGGGGUCGGGCGGCGGGGGGGCCGGGGCCGCCGUGGUCGCGUGGCUGGGGAUCUUCGGCCCCGGGAUGGUGCUGGUGCACGGCACCAUGGGGAUCUGGACGUCGCUGAGGGGGAGGCGGUGGGUUAGGUCUGUGCUGAGGGGCGUCAAUGCCGGGGCGGUUGGGCUGAUUUACACGGCUGUGUACCGGAUCUGGCAGGUUGGUUACCUCGAUGAGGGGUUUGAGUUUGGCCGUAGUCUGGGUGAUGACCCCUGGUGGCUGGUCGUGGCGGCGACGAGCUAUGUUGGGGGCUGCUGGUUUGGGGUCAAAGCCCCCGUGGCUAUUCUUCUUGGAGCGGCGUUGGGCUUGAUCAGAUACGCUAUUGUUUCUGCUUGAUAUUGCGUUUCUUUUCUGGCGACCGGAAAUACCCGCGUAGAUAUUACACAAUCAUGGACGGUGAGGCCGUUGACUUGGACGAUUAACCUGAACCGAGUCGCGACCUCCUCUCCCUCAGUGUGAUAUCCGACAGGCUGGCUGGUUAGUGGAAUUAUAAGUCUGGGUAGAACAGCAAGUGAAUGAUAAUGCAGAAGUCAGGGUCUAAGAUACAAGAAAAGAGCCGAUAGACUGGCAUUACCUUAAAACUCCGGCACCAAUACAAGAGACUUCUUGCUGGUAAUAGAAC